AAUCAAAUCAUUCCUGUAUAAUGGGAAUAAACUAAUUAAAAUGCAAAGAUCUCGUUCACAUUAGCAAAAAGAACUCUCUCCAGAUAUCUAGGAGAAAACCCCGGAAAACACGUGCGAGCUCUUUACGGGGAAGACAGGAAGGCCUGAGAGACGUGUGUGCGUGGAGAGGGUGUCAGGUCCACAAAGGGAAGACCCAGUGCAUGUGCGUGUUGGCCCCAUGAGUCUGCAGCUUCGUGCAGUGGUAGGGCUAUGACUCCCUGACGCAGAUCCAGUGCGGCCAGCUGCAGAGCCGCAGGGCCCAGAUUCACCAGCAGAUUGACAAGGAGCUGCAGAUGCGGACGGGCGCUGAGAACCUCUACAGAGCCACCAGCAACAACCAGGUGAGAGAGACGGUCGCCCUGGAGCUGAGCUACGUCAACUCCAACCUGCAGCUGCUGAAGGAGGAGCUGGAGGAGCUCAGCGGUGGCGUGGACCCUGGCCGGCAUGGGAGCGAAGCUGUCACUGUCCCCAUGAUCCCCCUGGGCCUGAAGGAGACCAAGGAGCUGGACUGGUCUACACCGCUGAAGGAGCUGAUCUCAGUGCACUUUGGAGAGGACGGCGCCUCCUAUGAGGCAGAAAUCAGGGAGCUGGAGGCCCUGCGGCAGGCCAUGCGGACCCCCAGCCGGAACGAGUUGGGCCUGGAGCUGCUGACAGCCUAUUACAACCAGCUGUGCUUCCUGGAUGCGCGCUUCCUCACCCCUGCCAGCAGCCUCGGGCUCUUUUUCCACUGGUACGACUCGCUUACUGGGGUCCCGGCCCAGCAGCGCGCCCUGGCCUUCGAGAAGGGCAGCGUUCUCUUCAACAUCGGCGCCCUCCACACGCAGAUUGGGGCGCGCCAGGACCGCUCCUGCGCCGAGGGUGCCCGCCGCGCUAUGGAGGCCUUCCAGAGGGCCGCUGGGGCCUUCAGCCUCCUGAGGGAGAACUUCUCCCAUGCGCCAAGCCCAGACAUGAGUGCUGCGUCCCUCUGCGCACUGGAGCAGCUAAUGAUGGCCCAGGCCCAGGAAUGUGUGUUUGAGGGCCUCUCACCACCUGCCUCCAUGGCCCCCCGAGACUGCCUGGCCCAGCUGCGCCUGGCGCAGGAGGCCGCCCAGGUGGCAGCCGAGUACAGGCUAGUGCACCGGACCAUGGCCCAGCCACCCGUCCACGACUACGUGCCUGUCUCCUGGACUGCCCUGGUGCAUGUCAAGGCCGAAUACUUCCGCUCCCUGGCCCACUACCACGUAGCCAUGGCCCUCUGCGACAGCUCCCCAGCGACCGAGGGAGAGCUCCCCAUGCACGAGCAGGUCUUCCUGCAGCCCCCCACCUCCUCUAAGCCCCGAGGCCCUGUGCUGCCGCAGGAGCUGGAGGAGCGCAGGCAGCUUGGCAAGGCACACCUGAAGCGCGCCAUCCUGGGGCAGGAGGAGGCGCUGCGGCUGCACGCCCUGUGCCGCGUCCUGCGCGAGGUGGACCUGCUGCGGGCUGUGGUCUCCCAGACGCUGCAGUGCUCGCUCGCCAAGUACGCGGAGCUCGACCGUGAGGAUGACUUCUGUGAGGCUGCUGAGGCCCCCGACAUCCGGCCUAAGACCCACCAGAAGCCAGAGGCCAGGAUGCCACGCCUGUCCCAGGGGAAGGGGCCUGACAUCUUCCAUCGGCUGGGGCCCCUGUCUGUGUUCUCAGCCAAGAACCGGUGGCGGCUGGUGGGGCCCGUCCACCUGACCCGAGGAGAGGGCGGCUUCGGCCUCACGCUUCGGGGAGACUCACCUGUCCUCAUCGCUGCCGUCAUUCCAGGGAGCCAGGCCGCGGCGGCUGGCCUGAAGGAGGGCGACUACAUUGUGUCAGUGAACGGGCAGCCAUGCAGGUGGUGGAGACACGCGGAGGUGGUGACAGAGCUGAAGGCUGCAGGAGAGGCGGGCGCCAGCCUGCAGGUGGUGUCGCUGCUGCCCAGCUCUAGGCUGCCCAGCUUGGGGGACCGCCGGCCCAUCCUGCUGGGCCCCAUGGGGCUUCUAAGGAGCCAGAGGGAGCAUGGUUGCAAGACCCCGGCAUCCACGUGGGCCAGCCCCCGGCCCCUCCUCAACUGGAGCCGAAAGGCCCAGCAGGGCAAGACUGGAGGCUGCCCCCAGCCCUGUGCCCCAGUGAAGCCAGCUCUGCCCUCAUCCUCGAAGCACCCAGGGUGGCCAUGAGGGCCAGGCUCCCUGCACACCUCAGCCCUGGCUCCAGCUGGUGGGAAUUACCAAGCAUGCCCUCCCCACCCAGAGGACCUCUGGGCAGUGCCUGCCCUGCCUCAUACUGGAGGCUGCCUCGGGCACCUGCCUGCCCAUUAAAGACUAUGGUCAGACCUGUCUGAGCCCA